AUGAGCAUGUACAAGCGAGGCUAUGAAGAGAGCUGGACCCAAUUCGGUCUGGCGGAAAAAUCCAGGACGAUGAUAUACGACAACCUUCCUCUCUCCGAAGAUGAACCUACGGUCACAGAGGAAGUUGUGACCUUGAGAUUUCUGGCCGGCACAAUGGUUUGGCUCGACAUCGCUUCUUCGGUCACGGUGGGAACGACUCCGUAUCUACUGUCUUGUCAUUGCUCCCUAUUAGCUCCUACCUCUCAGACCAGGCUUGAAAAUGUCAUGGGCUGUGAAAACUGGGUAAUGCUUCAGAUUGGCCGCAUUGCUGCCCUUCAUGAACACAAAACGCAAGCCUUGCAGCAGGGAGACUCGGACUGGACAGCAUUUGAGCAACAGGUCGGCGAUAUCGGCAGAGAGAUCGAGCGCGGUCCAACCCAACAAGCCUUUGAAGGUUUCAAUAUUUCUGAAGGCGAUUCUCCGGGAACCGUAUUAGAUGCGCCCACGCUCGUCACCUGUGUUUUCACCUACAUGGCAUCUAUCUACCUUCACCUGGUCACUCAUGGCUUUCAGAAAUUAGAAGCAUUGGGCUCGACCAUCUCUAGAGCCAUGAAAAUCCUUCAGACUCGGGUUUCAGGACCUGUUCUCCCUGGCCUGGUCUUGCCUCUAUAUAUCCUGGGAUCUGUCGCCCGGCAUGCAGACCAAGGAUUUUUCAGGUGCAUCUUUUCCUGUCCGCCAUUGCUGGAUCCAACACUACAACAUCGAGCCAGGAUUCUGCCAAUUCUGGAGGAAAUUUGGAGCAGGAGAAAGACUACACCAGACUUUACGUGGAAAGACAGUCUUGAAGUUGCUUGUGGAAUUCUGCUGGUAUAA